AUGACGGAAGAACGAAUUUCAGUUCAUUCCACAAUAUCACAAGCAGACAGUGAAAUUUCUUUCGGAUACUCUGAUGGUAAUAUGUUACGUUUAAAUGAUAAACAAAUUAGAGCAUUGAAAGCAAUUUGUGGUACUUUAAUAGGUGAACUUGAAGAAGAAUCUCAACUUGAUGAAUUAUGCACUACCCAAACUAAUUUAAUGAUAAAAUAUGAAAAUAAGAUUCGUGAAUUUGGUAAAUUUGAUGUAAGAAAUCAAAAAGAUUUUUUAGAUAAAAUAAUUGAUCGUUUAUCAAAAAUUCCCUCAAAUAAAUUGGCAGAAGUAAAAUCAAAUCUUAAACGUUUAGGUGGUAAAGGAGGUACUAAUAGUUAUAGAUUAACAGGUUCCAUGAAACCUUUUCAUGAAUUAGGACAAAGACAACGUGAAGCAAUUAUAUCUAAAUGGAGUACUAGUCAUUCACCUUCAAUUAGACAAAUGUUUAAAUUAUUUUCAUAUUUAGUUUGUACCACAUUUUGGAUGGAUCCAUAUGAUUUUUAUCCAAUGAUUGGAUAUCCCGGGAUAGAUCCUGAAUUAUCAUCAUCAGAAGGAAAAGCGAGAUUUAAUAAAUUUUCUGAUUAUGAAUUUAUUGAAAUUGAUGAAGAUGUAACCGAAUUAAAAUUUGAUAUAGUAAUUAUUGGAUCAGGAGCAGGAGGUAGCGUAAUUGCUGCGAGGUUAGCUAGAAUGACAGGAAAUUCUGUAUUAGUAAUUGAAAAAGGUCAUCAUUAUUCACAAGAUGAACUUGGAUUGAAUCAACAAGAUGGAUAUCAAAAAUUAUAUGAAAGAGGAAGCGAAAUUUUAUCGGAAGUUGGUGGUUUAAACGUUUUAGCUGGAUCUAAUUUUGGAGGAGGUACUACUGUAGGACGGUCAGCUGCCGUGGAGCCACCUAAUCAUUUACGAGAAGAAUGGGCCAAAAAAUUCGGAUUACCUUAUUUCUUAGAAGAAGAAUUUAAUGAUUCAAUGAAAGCAAUUAAAAAUCGUUUAGGUGUGAAUGAAAAUAAUAUUAAUCAUAAUGAAUGCAAUAAGAUUCUGAUAAAUGGUUGUAAAAAUCUUGGAGCAUCUUAUGAAAUAAUUCCUCAAAAUUCGGCUUCUAAACCUCAUGAAUGUGGAUGGUGUGAAUUUGGAUGCAAAUAUGGAGAAAAACAAAGUGCCGUGAUGACAUAUUUAAAAGAUGCUAAAGAAUUUGGGGCGAAAUUUAUUCAAGAUUUAAUGUCUAAAAAAGUUAUUUUAGCUAGUGGAGCAAUUAAUACUCCAGCUAUACUUUUACGAAGUGGACUUGAAAAUAAAAAUAUUGGAAAAAAUUUAUACGUUCAUCCAACUGCUGGAGUUUAUGGUAUUUUCCCCAAAAAAGAAAUUAAACCUUAUUCUGGAACUACAAUGACAGCAACGUGCGACGCUAAUGAAAAUGUUGAUGGUAAACAUUACGGUACAAGAAUAGUAGUAGGAUCUCAUCAUCCAGUUAUAAUGAAUGCAACUUUCCCUUGGAAAUCAUCAUCAUUUAAUUAUAAACAAUUUAUGCUUCAAUAUAAUCACAUCGUUCCACUUCUUACCAUAACUCGUGAUAGAAAUGGUGGACAAAUUAAAAUUGAGAAAGGUGAAACAAGUAAAUAUAUCAAAAUUAACAAAGACGACGACUAUAAUAUAGAAUAUAAAUUAAGCAAUAAUGAUGCCAAGAGUGUAUCGAUAGGAAUUAUUACUGGACUUAAAAUUUUGGUAGCCGCCGGAGCAUCAAAAGUUGGAACUUGUAUUGCGGGACUUGAAGAAUUUGAAGUUGCUAAUGAAAAUUCUUUAAAUGAUCCUUUAUUUGAGCAAUACCUCGAAAAAGUUAAAAAAUCGUCAAUUUCAGAACAUGCAAGUCUUGGAAGUAUACAUCAAAUGGGAACAUGUCGAAUGGGAGAUGAUCCUUCUAAAUCCGUAGUUAAACCAACGGGCGAAACGUGGGAAGUAAAAAAUCUUUACGUUGCUGAUUCAAGCUUAUUCCCUACAGCAACUGGAGUUGAUCCUAUGAUUACAACAAUGACUUUAGCAUUACAUGUAGCGAAAAAUAUUCUCUCCGAGAAAGAAUUUUUAAGAAAGAAACGAGCUUCAUCGAGAUUCAGCAUUUCGAAUAUAAGUAAUAUAAGUACAAUAGAUAAUAAUAGUAGUCGUCCUUCUAAUCAAAGGCGACUAUCAAAGAGACUCUCAAAUGUAGUUAGUAAUACAUUUUCAGUGUAA